AUGUUAAAACUUUAUAAAAAUGCCUUAAGGCAGCCAGCACAACGUUGUCUCUCACUGACAGCUUGCCGUCACAACGAGGAAACAACCAAUAAUCGUGAAUCGGCCACACUGAAAAGAAUACGCGAGGAAUUGGCCAAGGAAAAAGCCGCACUCAAAUGGCGUAAGACCAAUGAGGAAAUGGGAGAUGUUACAACAAAAUUGAAAUAUUUUGCCAACAAUGAUCAAACUAGUGAUUUUAUUCUACUCAUGCAAAAACCCCUGGAGCUAAGUCCCAAAAAAUGGAUGGCCAUGUGGGAGAAGAAAAAAGAAAAAGAUGAACGACAUAUGCAGAAAUUCAUACCCGAACGACAUGAAAUUUUGGGACCUGAUCUAGCCACAGCCCAUUUCAUUUUGCAUCGUGGUGGUUUGGUGAAAUUUGUCAAUGCCCAGCAUUGGACCAAAGCCGAUGAGGAUAAGAACUUCAAGUUACCCAAUAAAUAUGAUGUGAAUUUCAAAUUGGAGGCUAUACGUUGUGAUAAUAUGCGUCUCUACUAUGAGGGUUUGGAGAAUAUACGCUGGCUACAACAUCUUAAAUUUGCCUCAUUUCAUAAUGUCCUGAGUUUUGAUGAUUGGUGUUUAGAUCGUUUUUCGGGUUCCCAAUGUGCCAAUUUGGAAGUAUUGGAUAUUUCGGGCACCCAAUGUACGGCUAGGGGGCUUUCUUGUUUGUAUAGAUUGCGGAAUUUGAAAUUGUUAAUUGUCAAUGAUCCCCAAGAGUCGUUGGAAUAUGAAUUGACCUGCUCAAUGUUGGAGGAAACAUUGCCCAAAUUGAAAAUCGUCAAUGCAGCUUCGGUACAUAAUUUACAGUAA